AUGCAUUGCAAAAAGAAAAAGAUAAAACGACCAGAUGUAGUUAACGAUAACACGGACAGAGAUUUGAUACCAAAACGUGGAUAUUACUCGAAAUUGGUAUCCGAUAUGACUAAGGAACAUACAGCGAAACAAGUAUUUGCUAAGAAAAUAAUGAAACUUUUAUUACAAGCAAAAACAGAUAAACUGGCACCAAUGGUGACAUCAUUGGCCAAACCUCAAAAACCUAAGCUGUUACUACCUCCCGGAAGGUGGACUACCUACAGUGAAGAUAAAAUGUUAAGAGAACGUGGUGUACAACCUUUUGUUUCAAUGCCUCCAUCCGAAUAUCCUGUUUCGGAUGAAGAAUAUUAUGGUCUAUAUAGUCCUUAUCCAAAGAUGGACCUGGAAUUAUUUGAUAACACCGAUUUUGAUUGUAGAAUUUCAGAAGAAUGGCUGAGCCUUGGUUUUAUAGAAGGUGAACAAUAUCCCUGUCCAGGUCUAGCCUUUAUACCGAAACAAGAUGGAAAGCCUCAUAAACCAUCUUCAGACCUUUUGCAAAUGCUUAACAAUUUGUAUGAGUGGACAAACGUUGCUGCGUUUAACUACGACAAAAAUACUAAUAAAUGGGAAGUAAUGGCGUUGGAUGGAACAAAGAGAUACUUCAAUAUACCACGAAUCCGUCUUAUGUUUAAAGCCGAUGAUCCGGACACGUUUGCAGAGAGAGUAAAAUUCGCAGUAAAUUUGCGGAAAGAAGUAGAGAAUAAUUUAAGAUUUUACCUAUAUUUGGAUUGCCUCCUACUUGAUGGUCUACCGAGGAUGCCAUUGAGUUUCAUGCCGAAGAAUAUAAUAGCGCUUGCUGAACUCUUAUACAGAAAAAUCGAGGGUAAGAUGAAAAUCAUUCACACGAUGCAGAUGUACCCGAAUUUAUACAACUUCAUUGAUCCUCCGAGCAAAGACUAUGUAGCUCCUGUUCCAGAUUACGAUUUCGAUGAUCGUAUGAAGUUUAAUCAAUGGAAAUCUCUUUACGUACUCACGGAGUCUGUCAGUUGCAUACAUUUGGUUGUGGAGGAGUGUCUUAAGGUUGAGGGUAUGUUGUUUUUCACGUCAAACUAUGGCAGAAACGUAAGUCUUGCGGAGUUCGAUGCAGCUCAACAGCAUUGCACCUCAAUGAUGUUAAAAUAUCUAAACAUAACAUGGUUAAAUGCUACUGCACACGCUAUUCGAAUGUCAUACAGAGACGUGGGCAAGGGAUGGUUUAAUAUCUACGAAAAGAAAUGGGAUUUCUACGGUAUAAGUAAACUUAGUAGAUUCCUGCAGUUGGUGAGAUUUGGCAUGGAGAUCGUGAUCCAACGUCUGUUUAGAGAAAUGUUGAACAGAUGUCAUUUCAUACCUCAAGUACAUCCUAAAAUAAUGACUGGACUCGUCUUUGAUAAGGAGCUCUUCCUUACUUCUAUAGGAUUAAUGGAACCGAAUGUCGCCGAAUAUAGAGACAGACUGUUGAAGGCUUUUAGGAAGGCGAUAAUACCCUUAAUAGCUUACAUGCAUCAAUACGACUGCUACAAGGACACAUAUAUGUUGGAUAUUGAGGAGUACGUUGAGAAUUUUCGUCAAGAGAAGCACAGCGCGUCGGAAACUAGAGAAGAAAUUCAAAUUCAUUAUGAUGCUAAACAAGAUUUGAUUUGGCGUCUACCACAGUAUAUUAAUAUUGGUCCAUUCGCUAUAAACGUGGACACUCUAAAGCAAAUGUUGGUAACAAAACGAUCAGAUAUCAUAAAGGCGCUUCUAACAAUGUGGGCAGAGGAAGUCCGUGUUGUUGUCGAAGACGUUAUACAAGCAUACAAAAACAUUAUGAGAAAACUUGGCGAGAAGCCACACUAUUCAACACAUUUCCUCAAGGCUCGUGAAGUAUGGUUUGAUAAUCCUCUCAUAUAUGUGGACGCAGAUUCGAUAGAACCUUUAGUUAAUGACUACUACAAAACUAUUGUUAAAUGUAUUCGAGUGUUUGCCGAUCUUCCUGGAGUACAGCAAGUGGCACUGACAAUACGGGAGCAUUACGAUUUCGGUAUGCGAGCCGUGAAGACAGUAAUCCUUGUGGCCGGUAAUCUAAUACGUCAGAUGCCCGACGGAGAUGAGAGACAAAUAGUAUUAAGAGCAUUACGAGAUGUGAAUGUACCCAAGUUUCUAGCUGAUGAUCUUGUUUUGUUCAAGGGUAUUAUACCAGAUUUGUUCCCAAGAGUUGAAAUUCCGAUAGUGGACUAUGGUAUCAUGGAACAGUCCAUAAGAAAUAUGCUUAUCAAAAGGGGCUAUGAUGACUUAUACACUUUAAUAUUAAAAAUAAUUCAGUUAUAUGAAACGACUGUAGUGCGACGUGGUCUCAUGUCAGUUGGUCCUGCAGGAGUUGGAGGAGGAGGAAAAAUUAAGGUCUUGGAUGAUAAUAAAAAGUUAUGUCAGUCAAGUGGAGAGAUCAUGAAGCUAACUGAUCGUCAGCGUAUGAUAUUUGAAGUAGCUGAUUUAGUUGUGGCAUCGCCAGUAACUGUAUCCCGUUGCGGGAUGGUAUAUCUUGAUAUACAGGUGGACUACGUAGUAGCAGGUCUUGGGGCCCGUUUCGUUGAACCACAGCCAGCUGAUCUUGCAACUCUAUACGCCGACUCUGAUCCACUCGCUCCUAUAAUUUUGGUUCUCUCCACCGGUACUGACCCAGCUGCUGGUAAAUAUUACUUUUUGUUCGCCUAA